AGUUUGUUUAUCAUUUGACUGAGAUUUCGUGUUGCUAAAGAAAAAGCAUUUUUCCACGUUUUUCUAGUGAUUUCCCGAGACAUGUGUUGAUUGUUGGUGCUAGAGGAAGUGUUGAGGAAGAUAUUUCUGUAAUCUGCAUGAAAAUGAGUGGCCGCGUUGGCGCGAGUUUCCUCAUUGCCGGCUCCAUUCGAUAUCUCUUGAUGUGCUCCACGUUUGCGUCGUACAUCCGAGAUCGAGUGGAAGUGUCUACGCCUUUGAAUUCCUGGAAGAGAGUACUCGAGGGGGCGUAUUUGCACGAGAAUGGAGUGGAUCCGUACUCCGGUGACAUGUACCAUGAGAAUCCGCUGAUUCUAGUCACAACAAACGUCCUGAUAAAGCAUCUCUCCGCCUUCAUACCGCACCUCUUCGUGGCCAUCGAUCUCCUGGCGGCUGCUUUCAUCUUCGGCACGGCAAAGAUCGUGGCGCGCCAGCUGAUGGCGAAGCAGAAGCGCGAGCAGAGCACUUAUGCCAAAGGCACUGAAGAACUUCAGUUGCUGCCUGAGGAUCAGAUAAAGAUCCCGCUGUACUGCACUGUUGCAUAUCUCCUCAAUCCCUACUCAAUCCUCAAUUGCGUGGGACAGACGACCACCGUGUGGAGCAAUUGCCUGCUCGCGGCGUUCUUCUUCUUCAUGGCGCGCCGGCAGAUUGUGCCUGCCGUGCUGCUUCUCGUCCUGGAGACGCAGAGGAACUUCUAUCCGGCUGUGCUGAUUGUCCCUCUGGCGAUCGAUGUGUAUCGACAGGAUGGCAAUGGAUGUCGAAGGUGCUUAGCAAUCCGGACGGUGGUGCUGUUCGUCAUCGGCUUGGUGUUGGCCACAGUUUCCGGAUACCUGAUAACGGAGAGAUGGACGUUCCUGGACGCCACGUACGGCUUCAUCCUCAACCAUCGGGAUUUGCAGCCGAAUAUUGGGCUCUUCUGGUACUUCUUCACGGAGAUGUUCGAUCACUUCCGCGAUCUCUUCAUCUGGACCUUCCAGAUCAACGCCACGGUGCUGUAUCUCGCGCCACUGGCGCUCAAGCUGCGCCACGAGCCUCUGAUGCUGGCCACAGUCCUCACCGGACUCGGCACAAUCUUCCGCUCUUAUCCGUGCAUCGGCGACGUGGCGCUGUACAUGUCUCUGCUGCCCAUGUGGAAGUUUGGGCAGAAGUUCAUGUCGCACAAGUUCAUCGUGGGAUGCUUCUUCCUCAUCACAUCGGUGCUGGGUCCUGUCGUGUGGCACCUGUGGAUCUACUCGGCGUCCGCCAAUGCCAAUUUCUACUUCGGAGUGACACUGGCGUUCGCCACAGCGCAGAUCUUCCUCGUCACGGAUCUCCUGUUUGCCUACAUCAAGAGGGAUUUCUGCCUGAAGAACGGACUCACGUUCACGAAGGACGGCAAGGAGGGCAAAAUGACCCUCGAAUGACAUGAGUUCUACAUGGACAUGAAAUUCUAAUUCGGCCACAAUAAAUUAGUAAGUUGACAAUUUAUUG